ACCCCAAUUCACCUCUUAUUGACCUCCUGACAGAGGAUCCACCGCCAUACCCGGGGAAUCGGGCGCCGGAGGGACCGGCGGUCACCGCAGCAGCCCCCGAACAGCCUCCACAGAGAGAGCGGGAGGAUGAGGCUCCGGCUCCCUCCCCAAUUGCCGGUUGCCUACGAGGAAGGCGCGACGAACCAGCCAAAGAAUCCAGGGCCUUCCCCCUUAGGGAGGGUCCUAACCACCAGCUCCAAUACUGGCCGUUUUCGGCAUCUGAUCUUUAUAACUGGAAACAACAUAAUCCUCCUUUCUCUAAGGACCCUGUUGCCUUGACUAACCUGAUUGAGUCCAUUUUAGUGACCCACCAGCCCACAUGGGAAGAUUGUCAGCAGUUACUGUAGACCCUCCUGACGGUGGAGGAGAAGCAGCGAGUCUUCCUGGAGGCUCUGAAGCAGGUUCCAGGAGACGAUGGAAGACCCACCCAAUUGCCUAAUAUCAUUGACGCAGCCUUUCCCCUCACCCGCCCAAACUGGGACUUCGCGACCCCAGAAGGUAGGGAGCACCUACGUCUCUAUCGCCAGUUGCUCUUAGCGGGUCUCCGAGGGGCUGCUAGGCGCCCUACCAAUUUGGCUCAGGUUAGGAAUGUGAUCCAGGGAAAGGAGGAGACGCCGGCAGCGUUCUUGGAAAGACUUAGAGAAGCUUAUAGGAUGUAUACCCCGUACGAUCCGGAAGAUCCAGGACAGGCGCCGGGUGUCAUCUUGUCUUUCAUCUAUCAGUCAAGUCCAGAUAUAAGGGCCAAGUUAUAGAGACUAGAAGGAUUGCAUUCAUUCAGUUUGUCAGAUUUAUUGAGAGAGGCAGAGAAAGUGUUUAAUAAGAGAGAAACUCCCGAAGAGCAGGAGGAGAGGAUGUGGCAGAGGCAAGAAGAGAGAGAUAAGAAAUGUCAUAGGGAAAUAAGUAAAGUCCUGGCCACUGUAGUGUCUCAGGGACAGGUCAGAGAGGGAGUUAGGACGGGAGAUCAAAGAAGGACACCACUUGACAAAGACCAGUGUGCUUACUGUAAAGAGAGAGGACAUUGGGCUCGUGACUGCCCAAAGAAGCCUCGAGGGUCUCGGAGACCUAAGCCAAGGGCCACGGACCUCCUCAAUCUGGAGGAUUAGGGAGGUCAAGGCCAGGCCCCCUCCCCUGAGCCUAGGAUAACUUUCAAGAUUGGGGGGCAGCCAGUGACCUUCCUGGUGGACACCGGGGCUCAACAUUCAGUCCUGACCCAUACCGGAGGCUCUCUCAGUGACUGCACAGCUUUGGUCCAGGGGGCCACAGGUAGCAGGAGGUAUCGAUGGACCACCGAGAGAAAGGUUCAGCUGGCAUCUGGACAGGUAACCCACUCCUUUUUGCAUAUACCCGAUUGCCCUCACCCAUUAUUGGGCCGAGACCUGUUGACUAAGCUCAAGGCUCAGAUCUAUUUUGAUGACAAGGGGUCGACCGUUACAGGACCCAAAGGGACCCCCCUACAAGUCCUAACCCUAAAACUGGAAGAGGAAUACCGCCUGUUUGAAUCCAAGCCCUCUAAGGGGCCACCACAAGGGAUGCAGGACUGGUUGAGGGAAUUUCCCUCGGCAUGGGCAGAGACUGGCGGCUUGGGGCUGGCUCGCGACCAACCCCCACUUGUUAUUCAGUUAAAAGCCUCUGCCACUCCCAUUUCAAUCAAACAGUAUCCUAUGUCCCGGGAAGCCCAUGAGGGCAUUAAACCACACAUCCGGAGGCUCUUGGACCAGGGGCAUGCGGUGGAAGCUCUGGUCCGGCAGCCCCCAGAUAGAUGGCUCUCAAAUUCCAGGAUGACCCACUACCAGGCUCUGUUGUUAGACACAGACCGACUGGUGUUCGGACCAGUUGUCUCCCUCAACCCCGCAACCCUGCUGCCCUUGCCAGACCCAUCUGAGGAGCACAAUUGCCUCCAGAUUCUGGCGGAGGCCCAUGGCACCCGCUCUGACCUAACAGAUCAACCGCUGUCGAACCCAGAUUUUAUCUGGUUCACGGAUGGGAGCAGUUUCCUCAAAGAAGGAGAACAGAGGGCCGGAGCAGCCGUUACCACCGAAUCAGAGGUAGUUUGGGCCUCACCGCUGCCGCCUGGAACAUCAGCCCAAAGAGCAGAGCUGAUCGCGCUGACCCAGGCCCUCUGGAUGGCUGAAGGUAAGAGACUCAUGGUCUAUACCGACAGCAGAUAUGCCUUCGCCACUGCCCAUGUACAUGGAGAAAUCUACAGAAGAAGAGGCCUCUUGACCUCGGAGGGUAAGGAAAUUAAGAACAAAAAGGAAAUUUUAGACCUCUUAAGGGCAUUGUUCCUCCCACAUCAGCUCAGCAUUAUACAUUGUUCCGGGCACCAAAAGGAUGACUCUGUCGUAGCACGGGGAAAUCGGCUGGCUGAUCUGACAGCCCGGACAGUCACCUUACAAUUCCCUAGGGGCGACCAGCUGCUGGUCUUGCAGGACCAACAGCCAAGCAGAGACCCCAUGUCCUACAGCCCGGAGGACCAGGAACUAGCAAAGAAAAUGGGGGCAGAAUGGAGCCCCGAGCGACAAGCUUAUAUAAUGGAUAACAAAUUAGUUAUGCCAACCUCCCACACCAAAUACAUGCUCAAGUUUCUCCACACGCUAACCCAUUUGAGCAAGAACAAGAUGAGGGCCCUUCUGGCUGAUGAGGCUUUGGACACUGUAUUAUUGAAUCAGGAACAGGUGCUCCAACAGGUGACUUCCAGCUACCCUGCUUACACAUUUUCAGAGUGGACAGAGAUCUUCCCUACCAAGAAGGAGACUGCUAACAUGGUAACCAAGAAACUCCUGGAGGAAAUUUUUCCCAGGUAUGGAAUGCCCCAGAUAUUGGGGUCAGACAAUGGGCCCGCCUUCGUCUCCCAGCCCUUUACCGAGCCCGGAAUACUCCUGGACCUCAUGGCCUAA